UUUCUUUAUAUACUUUGCCAAAUAGAGAAUUACAGACAUGGGGAUGGAGAAGAGUGUUACGUAUGUCAGAACCGCCUGUGAUGCAUUGCUUUUAUGCUAUUUCAAGUUUUUCGUAAUAAAUAAAUAAAAUAAAUGAAUGAAUGAAUAGAUAAGGUGUGUGUCUGUGUGGCGAAGGGGAGGAGUGAAGCGAGAGGCAGUUUUCAGGGCGUAUGAGGAAGUUAUUGUUUGAGGGGGGAAAAUAAUAGAACAGUAAAUAUAGUCGAGCAGCAAAGUCUUCGCACCUCCACUGAAAAUGCCUGGCAAGAAAGUCUGCAUCGUUGGAUCUGGAAACUGGGGUUCCUCCAUUGCCAAAAUCAUCGGGCACAAUGUCAAAGGGUCCAACCGCUUCGACCCGAUGGUCAACAUGUGGGUGUAUGAGGAGAUGAUCAACGACAGGAAGCUCACAGAGAUCAUCAACACAGACCAUGAAAAUGUCAAAUACCUCCCAGGUCACAAGCUGCCCAAGAAUGUGAUCGCCGUCCCUGACGUCACGGAGGCCGUGAAAGGAGCGAAGAUCCUCAUCUUUGUCAUCCCGCACCAGUUCAUCGGCAACCUCUGUGACCAGAUGAAGCCUCACGUCACAGAGGGAGCCAUCGGGAUUUCACUCAUCAAAGGUGUCGAUGAGGGACCCAGUGGACUAAAGCUCAUCUCAGACAUCAUCCGAGAUAAACUGGAGAUUGACGUUAGCGUUCUGAUGGGAGCCAACAUCGCCAGUGAGGUGGCAGAUGAGAAGUUCUGUGAAACCACAGUUGGUGCAAAGAAUGAGGCAAAUGGCUACAUCUUCAAAGAGCUACUCCAGACUCCAAACUUCCGUAUCACUGUCGUGACAGAGAGCGACACGGUGGAGCUGUGUGGAGCGCUGAAGAACAUCGUGGCAGUCGGCGCUGGAUUCUGCGACGGCCUCGGCUUUGGCGACAACACCAAAGCGGCGGUGAUCCGGCUGGGUCUGAUGGAAAUGGUCGCCUUCGCCAAAAUGUUCUGCAAGGACAAAGUGAGCUCCUCCACGUUCCUGGAGAGCUGCGGCGUCGCCGACCUCAUCACCACCUGCUACGGAGGGCGCAACCGCAAAGUCGCGGAGGCUUUUGUCAGAACAUCUAAGUCUAUUGUUGAACUGGAGGCAGAGAUGCUCAACGGCCAGAAGCUGCAGGGUCCACAGACGUCAGCCGAGGUCUUCAAGAUCCUGCAAAAGAGGGACAUGGUCAACGAGUUUCCUUUGUUUUCAGCCGUCUACCAGAUCUGCUUCGAGGGCAAAGAGGUGAAAGAGUUCAUCACCUGUCUGCAGAAUCAUCCCGAGCACAUGUAAAACGAGACCCGGCCCGCAGACGCGCUCACUCCCUCAAGUAACACUUUACCGUCACCAGAGGGUGACACAACAAAAAAAAAAAUCGUAGAAACGCACAACACAGCAAAGUAAAUUCACUGAAUACCACUAUAUACACUUACAACUGUUUUUCUAUCAGUGGCAUUUCAGAGUGCAAUCUGUAUUUUCAUAGCUUAAAAAGCCAUUUCUGUUAUUGUUGUUUUUUUUUGCACUUUUGUUUAGCUUCUUGUGGAGGAAAAUAAUAAGAGAUAAGCUAUGGCAACUAUUUUAUACAUGAACAAGUCUCCAUUU